UUAAAAAAUUGUGCCUCUAAAUUAAAAAAUAAAAUCAUUUCAAAUUAUUCAGCCUAAUCUUUUACAGACAACAAAUUCAGUAUUUUACUCUUUUUUCUUUAAAAAAUAUUGAAACGAGUUAAUUAUUGAUAUAGUUAUAAUUUCUUGAGUAAUAUUAUUUAAAACUGUUUAUUAGCUUUUAUAACAAAGUUUAAUAUAUAAAGAAUAAUAGGAAAAUAAAAUUUUAGAGAACGUGUGACAACGUCACAAGGCAAAGUAUCAAUACAAAAAGUUCUUGUCCACAUGGUCUGAUAUAAACACUUUUUUAUUAAAACGAUCGAAAGGAAAGGUUUGUUUAUUAUGACAUCAAGGUUUAGUGGAGCUUUGCAGUUAACAAAUCUAGAUGAUUUUAUUAACCCUUCACAGGAAUGCAUAAAACCAGUGGAAAUAAAAAAAUCUGAUAUAAAAACUGGAUCUAAAAUUAAAAUUCAAGAAGAUGGUUACGUAGAGAUUGAUGAGAAAGGAGACACUAAGCAACUAGAAAAGGUCGGCAUUACACUUGCCGAUUGUUUAGCUUGUAGCGGUUGUAUAACAUCUGCUGAAAGUGUACUUAUUACACAGCAAAGUCAAGAAGAAAUAUUGCGAGUAUUUGAAGAAAAGAAGAACCAACAACAUUUAGGAGAAGGAAAUACAGCCAAACAUAUUGUUGUAAGCUUAUCAAUUCAACCAAUUCUUUCAUUAGCUGAACGAUAUGGGCUUGAACCAAACGAGGCAGCUCUUAAGUUGGCUGGAUAUUUUACCCAACUUGGAGCAGAUGCUAUUCUCGAUAUGACGGUUGCUGAAGAUUUUGCUCUUUUAGAAUCAGCUAGAGAAUUUCUCGAUAGGUUUAAAUCUUCUCAAGAAGGUGCACAACGUCAAUUACCAAUGUUAUCAUCCUCUUGUCCAGGCUGGGUUUGCUAUGCCGAAAAGACGCAUGGGAAUUUUAUAUUGCCGUAUAUUAGUGUUACAAAAUCUCCACAACAAAUAAUGGGUUCCCUAGUGAAAUAUCAUUAUGGACAAAUGAAAAAUCUUUCUCCAGAAAAUAUUUAUCACAUAACAGUAAUGCCUUGUUAUGAUAAGAAGCUAGAGGCUUCUAGACAAGACUUUUAUAAUCAAUUGAAAGAAACCAGAGAUGUCGAUUGCGUCAUUACGACAAUUGAAAUUGAACAAAUGCUACAUCAAGAGGGCCUUUCUUUACAAUCUGCGACACUUGGUGAAAUUCAGAGACCAUUCGAUAACAGAGAACAAACAGAUUACCAAAUUUGUUCUCAUAAUGGAUCCGGUUCGGGAGGAUAUGCAGAUUUUAUUUACCGUUAUGCAGCCGAGCAUCUAUUCCAAAAUCAUGAUGCUGAAUUAAAGUUGAAAAAUUUAAGAAAUCCCGACUUUCAAGAAGGUGUUUUAGAGAAAGACGGAAAGAUUUUGUUGAGGUUCGCUAUUGCUAAUGGAUUUAGAAAUAUUCAGAAUUUAGUUCAAAAAUUGAAGAAGGGAAAGUCUAACUAUGAUUUUGUUGAAAUAAUGGCAUGUCCUUCUGGAUGCCUUAAUGGUGGGGCACAAAUAAAAGGGCAAAGUAGUUCACAACCGCGAGAAUUAAUUAUGAAAUUAGAAGAGGCAUAUCACAAAGUACCCCAAAGUAAUCCUGAAGAAAAUCCAGUUAUUAAAGAUUUGUAUAAAACGUGGUUGGAAGGUGAAUAUUCAGAUAAAUCGAGUGCUUUUUUUCACACUCAAUAUCACGAAAUAGAAAAAAUGAGCACAGCUCUAAAUAUAAAAUGGUAAUUUAUUGUAAAUGUUCUUUAAUAAUAAAUAUUUUUAAUGUA